AUGGCUGCGAAAUCUAGCAAACAUUCCUACAAUCUUCCGCAUGGGCGCGAAGAAAACGAUCGACUUGAUGCUCAGCAUCACGCCAUCGUCGAGCUAAUCGGCGGUCGAGUUUACCAUGCGCCUCUCAGUCGCCCGUCGAAAAUUUUAGAUGUGGGCUGCCGCAGCGGCGUGGUAACUACUCACCUAGCAAAAUGUUUCCCGUCCGCUGAAGUCGUUGGGGUCGACUUGGCGGCUCCAAUUGACUUGUCGACCAAGCCUGACAAUGUCACUUACCUGCAAGGCGACUUUUUUCAUUUGGUGGAAAGUGGAGUCCUCAAAGAGGGCGAUUUCGAUUUCAUCUUUAGUCGAAUGCUAGUCGUCGGCAUGGUUGAUUGGCCGAGGUACGCUUCCACCGUAAGUCGGCUCCUCAAACAAGGGGGUUGGGUGGAGAUGCAGGACCUCAGCUGGCACCUAUAUGAUCACAAUGAGUGCUCCAUUGACGACGCCUUCCCCUUCGUCCUCGCGAUUCAAAAUCUGUUAUUGAGGAAAGGGUUGGAUCCUUUCUGUGGCGAACAUCUUGCAGAAUACAUGAGAUCAGCAGGGCUACGGGCUGUUGAUCAAAAGAUUUAUCCAUGGGCAUGGACUUAUUGGAAGAAUCGCCCGGAGACAAGACUUAUUGCCGAACAUAGUCGAUCAGAGGAACACAUAGCCGUUCAGAACUUUCUGCUGGAAAAGCUCAACAACGGGGUAGGGGCGUAUACCAGUGAAGAAAUCAGAACACUGAAGGAAGAGAAUCAGACAUCUGCUGAGAAAAUAAGAGAAGGAAUGCAUUAUAUAUUUGGGGUCGCGUAUGGGCAGAAAUGA